AACCGGAAAUGCUCUCAUGUACUUCCUUUGUUUUGUCAGAAGUGCAGAAAAAAAACCAGGAAGAUGGGACCGAUAUCUUCAAAAUGGUUUCAGUCUUUGCUUAUUUGUUUCUUUUACACACAUGUAAGCUGUAGCUCUGUGGAGCAGAAGAUCUACGUGGCACUGAACAAGACGACUCCCUGCGUCCGUCUUCUCAACGCUACCCAUCAGAUCGGGUGUCAGUCGUCCAUAUCCGGAGACACAGGGGUUCUCCAUGUGCUGGAGACGGAAGACGACCUGGACUGGAUCAUCAACACAGGACCUCAUGCUCCAUACAUGGUACUCAUGGAGUCACCCGCCUUCACCAGCUCCAUGAUGAUGAAGCUGAAGAACUCCACCCGGGUUGCAGGAGCGGCGGUCAUUCACAUGAGCACACCUCCAGAUAAAGGAUUCUCUCCUCACACGUCGUGUCCCAACCAGAACACAGGGGUGUACAGCGAGAGCUACGGCCCUGAUCUGGCCAACUGCAGCACUACAGUGUGGAACCCUCUCGGGAACGGCUUGUCCUACGAAGACUUUCCUUUCCCUAUUUUCUCUCUUGCCAACAACAACGAGACCCAAGUCAUCCGCAAGUGUUAUGAGGAUCACAACAUGCGUGUGAACGGCAGCGCUCCUGAGUACCCCCUGUGUGCCAUGCAGCUCUUCUCUCACAUGCACGCAGUCACAGACACAGUGACCUGCAUGCGACGCACAGACCUGCAGAACAGCUUCAGCAUUAACCCAGAGCAACUGUGCGAUCCUCUAGUGGACUACAACGUGUGGGCGACCAUCCGACCCAUUAACGCCUCCACCAAGGGACACAAACCGAAUGAGAGCAUGGUCAUUGCAGCAACCAGGUUGGACGGGCGAUCGUUUUUCUACGACGUCGCUCCAUCGGCAGAGGGAACAGUCUCUGGCAUCGUGACACUGCUGGCCGCCGCGGAGGCUCUCCGCUCUGUCACUCAAGUGGCUCCGCCCCCACGCAAUAUUUUCUUUGUUUUUUUCCAGGGGGAAGCGUUCGAUUACAUCGGUAGCUCACGGAUGGUGUACGAUAUGCAGAACAAUAAAUCUGUCAUCGAUUUCGACAACGUGCACUCUUUCCUGGAGAUUGGGCAGGUGGGGUUGUGGAAUAAACAGAACCUGUGGAUGCAUUCGGAUCCCAUAUCUCGGAUGAACGACACGGUGAACGAGGAGGUCACAUCUCUGAUGUCUAACAUUAAGUCUGCAGCCUCCAUGUUGAAUCUGACGUUGGACGAACCGAACGCCACGCAGGCCUUACCUCCAUCCUCCUUUCAGCGCUUUCUGAGGGUUCGGCCAAUCCCGGGAGUGGUGCUGGCAGACCAUCAGUCCUCUUUUAUCAACAAGUAUUACGAGAGUCUGUAUGACACAGCAGAGUACCUGAAUGUGAGCUACCCUCCUAACCUGAGCCCAGAGGAGCAGCUAGAGUACGAGACAGAGGCUGCUAAGUCUCUGGCUGAAGUGGCUACUCUGGUCGCUCGCUCACUGUAUAUACAGGCUGGAGGAGAAAACAGCAUGCUUAAGAACAUCACUACUGAUACAAAGACCAUGGCCAAGUUGCUGUAUGGCUUUCUGGUUAAGUCUAAUAACAGCUGGUUCCGUUCCUUGCUGCCCCAACACGUGGUGUCAAAAGAGAGCAAUUCCAUUUUAGGUUCAGGUCCUCCUCAGUACUACGUCAGCCUGACACAGAACCAACAACCUAAGAGUGUGACCAUGUUUGUGAAGUACAUUCUGGCCAAUAUGACCGGAACAGCCACCAACCUGAACGAGAGCCAGUGCCAGAAUCCGAAAGACGUUCCCGGCGAGAGCAAAGACCUCUACAUGUACGAUUGGGUGUCUGGACCUGCGUCAGAGAACCACACGGCAGGAGAACCGUUUUGUGUACGUGCACCCGUGCGCCUGGCGAAAGCGGUGUCCCCCGCAUUCGAGCUUCGGCAGUACGGGUCCAGAGAGUACUCCACGUGGACAGAGUCACGCUGGAAGAACAUCAACGCGCGAAUCUUUCUAGUCGCAAGUCCACAAUUACAGAUGCUGACACUAGGCGUGGGCAUAGCUGUUUUGCUGGUAUCUCUGGUGGCGACUUACUUUAUCAGCUCAAAGGCGGACAUUCUGUUUAGUUCUGCACACGAUGCCCCAAAUACCACCUACUGAACCCGCUCAGCCAACUGAAUAUCACACAUUCAUAUACAUUCAUACAGACUUUAUUACCACUAUUCAUUCUUCCACGUUAAUUUAUAACUCUGUAACACCGUUCAGUCUCCAGCAUUACAUCUCCGUACACAGACGUCUAUGCAUCGACCUGCCGAUGUGCGAAGGGCCGUCCUGCAGGAAUGUUUACUCACGUGCAGACCUACGCUCCUCAGACAACUUUAUUCCAAGCUGGUAGAGAAAAUGCACCAUAAUAUUUAAAGACUAACUAGACCUGGUCUGAUCUGGACACUGGACUGAACUCAACAUUUUAAGGCCAGGUUUACAGACUGUACAGAAAACACGAGUCGGAGUAAGAUGUCCAAAAUAUAUUUUUUUUCCUUUUUUUUUUUUUUUAAAUUGCAGAACUUUUGCGUACUGUACUCUGGUCUCGGCACUAAUCUGUUUUUUCUUUUUUUUUUUUAAAUAGUGCUUAUGUAUUUUGUGUGUGUGUGUGAGCGAGAAUAUUAAAGCAGCAGUUAGGUAUUUUAGAGCCCUCUACUCUCUAUAAGGCAAAUAAUUUCAAUGAAAAAUAAUUAGCCCUGUUCCCUGAUCUUUCCCAGAUGUUGAAGCUGCUGUUGUAUGAGUUGCCAGUUGCCUUUUUAAGGAAAGUCUUGACAAGGAUUAGUUCAAAUGGGGCAUGAGCUCAUUUCCAGGCCAGAAAGAUAUUGAUCAGACCCUUUAUAGCAUUACAAUAUUGUGAAUAACUUUUUUUUUUUUUUGUAAACAGCUGCGUCGUUAAUGUGCGUGUGUUCGCAUGUGUGUGAUGUGACAGAAAAUGAGGAAUCACAGUCAGUCAGUAUCGACUAUUUGUGUGUCUGUAAGCAGUGUGUGCAAUAGAUGUAACAGAAUCAAUUCAACCUUCUGUGUAAGACUUUAUUAUGCAUUAUAUUCUGUCUAAUCUGAAAGACCACUACUAAACUUUAAAGAUUGCAAGGUGAAAGACUGCGCUGCGGUUACCAGAGCUGCAUGUUCAACGGUUUGAGAACACCCGAAAAAAACCAAAUCAACAGUAGAUGAAAUGGUUUCAUUUCUAGCGUUAAUCUUUUUUUCUGUGAGAAUGAAUUUGAUUAGAAUCUGAUGCUUUGAUUACAGAAUAAACAUGGAUUAUUUGACGAA